AUGGAUUACGCAGUUCAUGCGAGCAUUCCAAUCAAUCAAUCAGCUUCUAUAUCGCACACUUAUAUUUCGAGAGACAACCCAAUGAGCAAUGAGGCGACGAACAUCGGGGCGAGUCCCUCGUCUGAACGUGAAGACAAAGUUAUGUUAGAUUUCUACAUUGGCCUUGGACUUGCGGUAUCUUCCUCGUUAUUCAUCGGUUCCUCAUUUAUCAUCAAGAAAAAGGCCCUAAUAAAGCUAGCGAGCGAAGAAUGUACAGCAAGAGCUUCGGAAGGCGGCUUUGGUUAUUUAAAGGAAUGGAUGUGGUGGUUGGGUGUGAUCACAAUGGGUCUUGGCGAGGCGUGCAAUUUUGCUGCUUAUGCCUUUGCACCGGCGAGUCUUGUCACUCCACUGGGGCACUUUCUGUGCUCGUUACGGCACACGGUAAUUGUGAUCCAUUCCCCUAAAGAGGAAGAAGUUGCGUCAAUGGCUGAUCUCGCCCUAAAAAUGAAAGAUGCUGCUUUCAUUUUGUACGUGAUCGCAGUGAUUCUGGCGACAUUAUUCAUUGUGAUUUACAUUUGUCCCCGAUAUGGACGUUCAAACAUUCUCUGUUACAUUUCCGUCUGCUCUUUGAUUGGAUCACUUUCUGUUCUUUCCGUGAAGGGUCUCGGCCUCGCCAUUAAAGAAACUCUCUCCGGAAAUCAGCAAUUUACGAAUUUGCUCACCUAUUUUUGGCUUUUCUCAGUUAUUGCGUGCGUCUCCGUUCAAUUGAUUUAUCUAAACAAAUCUCUCGACAUAUACAACACCUCAAUGGUUACGCCCAUUUAUUAUGUGUUUUUCACGACUUUUGUAAUUUUGGCAUCGUCAAUUCUAUACAAAGAAUGGAGUUGCCUGGGUGCGUCAGAUGUGAUUGGAAACGUGAUAGGAUUUUUGACAACUAUAAUUGGCAUCUUCCAGAUGCAACUCUUCCGUGAUGUAAAUAUCUCCCUUCGACAUGUGCGUGUUCUUCUCAACAAACCAUCAUGUUCUCUUUCACAACUCGAGUUCCACAACUCAACCAGCUCGUUGGUGGACGACUUGUCUCCACAACAAAGGAGAAAUGUUUAUACA